AUGUCGAAUUUGGCGAAGCUCGAAAUCUCUGCCCUUGAUGUGUCUGGAAAAAAUUAUAUGUCAUGGGCAGUAGGUGCAAUAAUGCAUCUAAGAGGAAACAGGCUUCUCGAUACCAUCGAUAAGUCAGAAACGACAUCAGAUGAGUUAAAGGCGAAAGCCAUGAUAUUUUUGCUCCACCACAUCGAUAAUAGUUUAAAAGAAGAAUACAUCACAAAAGAAGAUCUUGCAGAUAUUUGGCAAUCUCUUAAAGAUAGGUUUGAUUACCAAAAAUAUGUGAUCUUACCAAAAGCCAAACAUGAGUGGCUGAACCUCCGAUUUCAGAAUUACAAAAGUGUUGGUGAAUAUAAUUCCGCUAUGUUUGGAAUUACUUCUAAGAUGAUGUUAUGUGGACAGGAGGUAAGUGAUUUCGACAUGAUCGAAAAAACUCUCCAAACAUUUCAUCCUGGAAAUGUAAUCCUGCAACAACAAUACCGGGCAAAAGGUUACACAACUUACUCGGAGUUGAUGCAAGUCCUCUUUGUAGCUGAACAAAAUAACCAGCUCGUGAUGUUAAACUAUCAAACUCGUCCAACUGGAUCAUUGCCAUUCCCAGAAGUGAAUGUUGCGUCAUCCAGUCAAAAUAAUAGAACCGAACACGGACGCGGGCGUGGUCGAGGCCGUAACCGCGGUCGCGGACGAGGUCGUGGACGAGGAAGACAAAACGAUAUUGGUCGGGAAGCAGGAAAGCAAAAAGAAAUUGCUUGUUACAGAUGCGGCAUGAAAAAUCAUUGGGCAAAAACCUAUCGUACGCCAAGACAUUUAGCCGAUCUGUACCGAGCAUCACAAGAUGCCAAAGAAAAGGAUAAAGGAAAGAAUUUUGAAACCAAUUUCAUCUCUGAUGAAGCUGGACCUUCCUUUGAUGGCAUAAGUGAUUAUACUCAUCUUGAUAUCGCUGAUUUCCUUGCUGAUCCUGAUGAAUCAACGGAAACAAAGCGAUUAAGAUCAAUGUAA